UGAAUUUGUCCCCCGCGUUGGCUGCCCCCAAGUCUCUGUCCCCAGGGUCCUUCCCCAGGUGUGUUGGCAGUGCCAGCUGUUGGGCUCUUUUGACAGGGGGUACCUCUACCUUGGUGAGAGGGUGGCAGCUGCCUCUCCAAGCAAAACUGGAAAAAAAAAAUCAGGAAGAAAGCCCAGGGAGCUGCUGGGGAUGGCCAGGCUCCAGGUGCUGCCCUCUGGUCAGAGCGAAAGGCUUCAAAUUCCCAGGUUACGGGAUAAAAUUAAAUACUUCAGAGGGAAACAGAACAGGUAAAUGAAGGUUUCUGCCUGCUGUGGACACACGAUCAGGAAGACAUCAGAGCACACGCUUCAGGGCUGCUUUCAGGGAUGGUUUCCAAACCAUCCACCUUGCUGGAGUCCCCGUGCGGUCCCCAGCCGCGCUCCGGUACGGCGAUGCCGCCGCGGCAACCAGGCCAGCACCGGUUCCAGGAGGCUCAGCACCGGCUGCUGGCCCUCCCCGCUCCGUGCUGGGUCUCAUCCUUCCCGUGCUUCCCACUGGGAGGGAGGGAUUUUCCCCAGGAAAACCCCAACUGCUUCCUUGGCUCAGGAGAGGAACCGCAGAGCCCUGCAGCAGGAUUUCAUUUCUCCCCUUUGAAACCAGGCUGGUCCCCAGGAAGGCUCCCUCGUCCCGUGUCGAGGUCUCUGCAGAGCGAACGGUGGAGUUAGACGGGAAAAAUGAAGCGCUCAAAGCAGCUGAGGGGGUCUGGAUUGAGGCGCACGCUCUCAGACUUCACUGUGAGGGAGAAGGAAUGUCGCCUCGAGGCAGAGUUCAGCAGACUGCAGAAGCAGUUUCAGAUCUCAGCAGAGAAGAGGAAAUGUUUCGGUGCCAACAUGAGGCAGCAGAUACACGCCCAGGAGAAAGAAAUAGAGUCGCUGAAGGAAGAACACAGAGGGAUGUCGUUAAUACUGAGCCAGAUCAACUCCCUGAGAAACAUGAUGCAGGAUGACAGAAAUCGUAUGGAGCUCAAGUGCCUCUUGCAGACCAAGGAUCAGUACGACUGCCUGAUCAGAGACAGAAAAGCCCUGCUAGCUGAGCAGGACAGCCAGAUCCUGGAGCUGCAAAAAAAGAUUGUGAGGCAAAACCUGAUAGCAACGAAGGUGAAGCAAGCAAACAGUAGCAAAUGGCUGCAAAACCAGAUUCAGACCCUGGAGAUGCGUCUAAACAAUGUCACCGUCCGUUUUGAUACCAUCCUGACCGCCAAUAACAAGCUCCGAGAAGAGAUCGAAAACCUUCGAAUCCAGAAAGCCAUCCUGGACAACUUCUACGCGAAGCUCCGUAAGCAUCUGGACCAGCAGAAGAGCAGGAUGGACGCCGCCGUGGAGCAGUCCACGCAGGCAUACGAGCAGCGGGUGGAGGCUCUGGCGAGGAUUUCAGCCAUGAACGAAAGGCACAGCAAAGACACCGUCCAGUACAACAUCGAGAUGCAGGAGCGGGAGCGCAUCCGUGACCAGGAGAACAAGCUGAAAACCUUUGUGCUUGCCAAAUUCACGGAUCGCUCUGAAUUGGAGGAAGAGGCCAAAAAGAAAGAAGCCUCGAAGGCAGCCCAGAAGGCAAAGCGGAGGCAAGGGGAGAGCUUCGAGAGCCGGGAGGUGGCUUACAAGCGGCUGCUGGAGCUGGCGGAGAACGGGGACAUCGACCAGCUGGUGAAUGGGUUCAUUGAAAAGGAAGGGAAGAACUUUGCCUACUUCAGUUACGCCACUGAGCUGAACAAUGAGAUGGAGAAGCUGCAGCAGAGGAUCAAGGACCUGCAGAACGAAAUCAUGCUCUUCACAACCGACCAGGACAAUGAAGAGAGCAGCAGCCUUCAUGUCCUGAAGGAGCUGGAGGAAAAGCUAAGUCAAACGACUGAGAAAGCCAACGAGUACGAAGAGAGAUGCAAAGAGAGCAGUAAAGUCCUGGGCCGGCUCAAAUCUGCCAUGGAGGUCCUGUUCAAAGAAAUCGACUGUGAUGCCAUGAAGAUCAAGGAGCAGCUUGGCGAUAAUGGGCAGAUCACGGACCUGAACCUGAUGCAGUUUUUUGCUCUCGUGGAGAAGAAGACCAACGAGCUCCUGCUGAAGGAAUCCAUCCUGCUCUAUCUGGAGGCUGACGGCUCGCUGACAUCCCAGACCUUCACCAACCCGCUGCUGGGCGGCACCGAGCUCCUGCGGGGCACGGACCUGCCCCGCUUCUGCCCGCAGCCCCCCGACCUGGAGGGCGCCGCCGACGCCACCGACGCCUUCGAGGCGCCGCUGGACCACGCGCGGCUGCGCGAGCUGGUUCUCCAGAGCUGUGAGAGGGAGCGGGGCAGUGCCGGCAGCACGGGCAAGAAGGGACGAAACGACAUCCAGGCGUGAGAGCCUGGUGCUGCUGGAAUAAAGAAAGUCUUGUCCCCA